AUGCCGAUCGCCAUGUCCUCGCUCCAACAGAGCCCGGUCGUCCUCUCCCAAGCGAUCAUGCCUGCCCCUUCAUCAUCCACCACCGACCAGCCCUCGUCCCGUAGACACUCCAUCCACGUCGUCAUCCCCCCGACGCACGCAACCGUAGCGCACGCUGCGCUCGCUCGGACCACGCCCACAGCCGCCGCUGCGUCCGACGACGAGGUCCUGCAUGCGGAGUGGACGCCCAUGCACGGGCAUGGCGCCUUUGUGGUCCCUUGUGUGCACGACCGCCCUGCGCCGCGCAUAUUCGCGCGCGUGCAGCGGAGGGACAGCCUGUUCUCCGUACCAAUGGCGGCGGAUGGUGUUGACGUGCACGCGGGGCAAGAGGCGGCGGACGCCGAGUCGGACGUAGGGAGCCGGGAAAUGUCGCCUGCGGUGGAGAGUGAGGGGCUGGAGCUUGGAGAGCAGGGCGGCAACAGCGAUGACGGGGACCGCGCGCUCGCUGCGAGCGCAGGGUUUUCGGUAGGCAGGGCACAGUAG